AUCAACCACCAACUUAUCACAAAAUAAGAAUACCUCAACUUCAAAUCAAAACAGGAAACCAUUCUUCGAUCGGAAAAAAGUUCAAGAAUAUGACAGAAUCAGAAACUCAACCUUCACCAGCUCGUCAAAGAGCAGAAGCAAGAAAACAAAAAUUAUUAACACAAGGAAAUGAUAGAUUAGCUAAAAUCACAGGAGCUAUGAAAGGACAUCAACCAGCACCAUCAUCAACCCAAUCAUCACCACCUAUUCCAUCGACUGAAACUCCACAAGACCCACCUGAAAUCGAUAUCUCAAACUUAUCUACGACUUCAACUCCCACCUUGCACUCAUCCGAUUCUAAUAUGAAACUAAACCAACCAAUCUCAACACCAUCUAGUCAUUUAGGAUCUUUGAAUCCAGGAAAUGAUUCGAUUGUGGAUGAUAGUAUGUUUGAAAUGAUGAAAUCUAUGGGACUACAACUACCACCUGGAUUCGAUCCAUCUGCAUUCAAAAACCAAACCCAAUUCGAUCCAUCCAACUUAUCUCCAAACAACCAAGCAAUGAGUUCUAGUCAUUGGACAGAUUCGAUUUUUCCAAUUCUAACCAUCACAUUUAUCUUGGGAUUAGUUUAUACAAAUUAUAGUUCUCAAUCUACUCUUCAAGUCCCAGAUCAUGCAUUAGGAAUCACGAAUCCAAACUUAAAUCCUACUCCAAUCUUUUGGAUGUUUGUAACCAUCGAACUAAGUUUACAAGCCACACGAUGGUUUUUCAAACGAAAUACGCCACAAAGUUCUGGAAUGUUAAGAACUUUAGCCGGUUCAUUACCUUCUCCAUACUCGAAUUUAAUUUCAAUAGGAAUUAAAUAUUUUGAUUUCUUUGAUCAAUUCUUAAAUCAUUUUUGUUGUUUGGUUUUUGGAGUUGGAUUACUUUUGAUUUAUUUAGAUUGGAAAACUGUUAAUCAAUUUGGUUGGGUUUCGUUUCUUUUACCUUAGUUUUUGAAUCAAAAAAAAAGAUAUAUAUAUAUAUAUAUAUAAAUCGCAAGUGGCAUGAAUGGGAUCUUCUUCGUUUAUAAAUAAAUCGAAUAUGCUUGUUAUAUAUUGCAAAAAUUGUUGAGAAUUUCUUUUGGAAUGUUGAUGAGCAAAUGAAACAGAAUGGAAUGAUUCUUUUGAAUU